AUGUCGGGUCUCUCAAUUCCCACCAUAUUUGCUCUCGCAUCGACCCAGCUCCUUCCCUCGUCGCAUCCUACCGUCCACAAGACAUUCGCGCGCCUGUCCCGACCGUCUCUCUUGUCGCUGGUCCUCGACUGGCUCGACGAGCGGAACCAAGAGCUCACAGCGCCAUAUCUCAUCCCAGACGACGACGAGGAAUUCGACGCGCAGGAUCUCUACCCACCGGCGGCGUCCUUGGAUUCCUUGCGGGAAACAUACAGCGAGCUGCAGGCGGGGAAGGGAAGCAAACGCGAUGUGGUCGACCGGGUCAUCGAAGGGGAUUGGCGACAUGGGAUAACCUUAUAUCAGCUUGCGAUGGCAGACAUGCAAUAUCUCUACGACCACCCAGCAUCGCAGAAAUGGACCGCAUUGAAGCUUGCGCGGUUGUCGCGCGAGGAAGAGUCCCCCGAUCCGGCACCAAAGUCAAUUCCACGCUUCCAUCCUGCAACGUUCCUGCGGAAUUUACAGAAUGAAGUACUGCCUGACGUCAAGGCACAUUACAAUCUCGACCGCCAUGCUUCACUCCCUCUGUUAAUCCUUCGAGUCUUCAUUAUCGAGAGUCCAUACAAUACAUCAUUAGCUCUGGCACAGAAGCACACUACUUUUGAUACCAGCAAGACAUUCUAUAUUGCGUUCCCAGAUGACUCGCCAUUCGUAUACGUUUCUCUCACAACAUCCUUAGCAUCGUCUGGCUCCUCGAACCCAAGAUCGGAAAACAAGAGUGUACGAGCAUUAGUAUUAGAAGGCAUUCCGAAGGCAUUCUCACGGCCACGAGAACGUUACAAGCUCCAACCCACAAACAUGUCCGCGAGAAACCUAGCUGCGCUUAUCGAUCGUCGAGGCGGCGGAAAGACGAAUGCCGCGGGAGGAGGCUGGAGUAUAUAUACCGAAGAGAAGAAAGACGGAUCCGACAACCCUCUCAACACGCAAUUACCCACUCCCGAACCCUCCCUGCCGGACGAUAUGGACCAACUCAACCAAAACCUACCACGAGGCAUGAAACGUCGCGCCCACGAAGACAACAACAUAGUCAAACGCCGAAAACUUCUCGCGCAAGGACGCUUCGGAAACACAGCAAAAGCAGACGACGGAAAAGGUAUCGAGCGCUUCGACAUCCGUCUAGCUGACGCCUUCCCAUCUUUCAACUUCGCCAACACCGAGGACGAGUAUCCUCUUCCCGACGAGCGCCCUGUGAAGCGCAAGGGGCGGCGAAGUAGCAUCACGAUGGUUCUGGAUGAUGGUGCUGGGGAGGAGGAAGAUGCAGGCGAGUUUCGUCCUGAUAUUCGGAUCACGUUUCAGGGAUCGCAUGUUUUUGCGGGAGUGAGGGAGUUGGUAGAGGCGGGGGUUGUGGAUGGGAUGAGGAUGCCGGGGUGGAUGACGGGGGAGGAGGGGGUUAGUUGUGGUGUUGUGAGGGAGGGGAGGAUUAGAGGUGAACGUGGUAGUGGAUUGUGA